AUGAUUUCCAUUUGGUUGCUUUUCCUGCUUGUUAGUCAAUAUGUUGCAAUGGAAGGGCCUCAUCCCCGGCCCUCAAGCAUCGGCCCGCCAGUGCCUUCAGAUCGGGCUGGAAUCCGAGAGACGAAUCCCUACAUUUCAUUGCCUGCAGCCCACACGAUCGAUAUAAGAUCAGACGAGGGAUGUUCUUCCAUUACUAUGCAGGAACCUAGGGAGAAAGAAAUUGAACUUCAUGAAAGAACGGCUCAACAGCAAGCGCAUUACGGCAAUACCUCCGGUCCAAAAGACCUCUCAGUUACCAUGAAUCAGGAGCAAAUUCACGCCAAAGGAAUUCCCAUGGCAGCAACUUCCAAAACCAAUGUUCAAGUCCGAGAGCAAACUGAUCUCAGUGGAAACUCCUGUGAUGGACUUUGUAAUCAAAUUAUUGGGCUGUCAAUUUUCUCUAUCGCUGUCUUGAUAGCCCUCGCGAUCAUUGGAAAAUCGACCGGUAACGGGCUCAGCCCAUGCACCAGCAAACACCUUGCCAACCAACUGAAAGAUGAGGGCUAUGGCAACUGGGAAUUUGGGAAUCCAUAG